AUGCAGAGCUCUACGCGAACGCCGAAGCCUUCCGAGCCUACAGCUCUCGAGAAGGAGCGCGACUGGUUCCGCUCUUCCUCCCUUUUAGAGAACCGAGAUGCGCGCCCUGGCUCCGUUCUGGCCCGCAAGGAGCAGCAGAAGGGCGGAUUCCGCCUCCUGAAGCAGCGCUUUCUCGAUUCCGAGGCCAAGCGCCAAUUCCUUUUCGCGAUCACAGGGGAGUCGCCAUCUCUGGCGCCUGGGGAGAAUGAACGCCUCGAGCGCGAGAACAAGGAGAAGAAGGCUGUGCUGAAGGAGAAAAAGGCCGAGGUUGAGCGCCUGAGGGUCGAGAUUGGCGAGAUGGCCAAGGACAACGAGCAGAAACACGCCGAGCUGUCCGAAAAGGUCGCGCAGGUGUCGAAGCUCCAGAAGGAGAUUGACAGUAUGGAGCUGGAGCUCGCGCGGUUAAACGCCGCGCACCCGCCCGACUCGCGCAUGACCAUGGCAGAGGCGAGCGAGACGCUGGAUAAGCAGACUGAGCGGCUCGAAGAGCUGACAUCCGCGCUCGGCACCGCAGACGGGCGGAUCGCGGAGCUGUCCGAGGCGCUCAUCGCUCGGCGGGCGCGCGUCGCUCAGCUCAGCAAGGACAGGCAGAGGGAGGAAGCGCGCGCGGCCGAGGUCACGAAGCUCCGCUCUAUGGGCGACAACCACGCUCUGCAGCUCGCGGACUGGUUCGGACGCAUGAACACGCAGUACCGCGCCCUCCUCGGUAUCCGGGACAUGAGUGUUGAGAAUGGACGCACAACGGUCGAGUACGAAGAAGGCGUCACACUCACGAUGGACUUUGCGCCGAAGCUCGUUGCUGCCGAUGUUACAGGGACGAACGCGGACAUGACCGAGGCGAUCAACGCCGCCAUCUCGGCGAACGAUCCGGCUGGACUCGUCGCCGACGUUCUCGUCCGGAUACGCCCCCUCUGA